AAAUUGGAAAAAUGGAUAUCGACCGCUUCUUCCAAUUUUACCCGUCAAAACUGCCCUAGUUUCCCCAUCCGCAAAGAUCAGUCAACCGCUCUGCUGUGCUCUGCUACGUAAUGAGUAGAAGGCAUUCGGUGAAUCGACCGCCGACUCCGGACGUACGGGAUGAUGACGAAGAUGAUCGACCAAAGGAGCCUACGCUUCUCGAAAUCGUCAAUAUUAAGUUGAUUGAAAGUGGAGAGAAGGAGCGGUUGAUGGAGCUGGUGAGGGAGAGGCUGGUGGAGUGCGGGUGGAAGGAUGAAAUGAGAGCUCUUUGCAGGGCAUUUAUAAAGAAGAACGGGAGGGAGAAUGUCACUGUUGAUGAUCUAGUCCGUGCAAUUACCCCAAAAGGCAGAGCUUCAAUACCAGAUUCUGUGAAAGCUGAGCUUCUGCAGAAGAUCCGAACCUUUCUUGUUUCAGUUGCCCAUUAAUGUAUCGGCGUUUUUACAUGCUGGGGCCCAGUGAAAGUAUGUGCAAAUCAUUUCUGCGGAAAAAAUAAUGAAAAAGGAAAAAUUGCCCUUUAGUUUUCAUCUCCCUAUGUGUGAUCCAUCAUUCAGGGUAUUUCUACCCUUUCUGGUCCGGAGUAUGCAUCUUACGACAUGUUUUUCUCCUAGGUUUAGGAUAUAACAGCACUUUGAAUAUUAUGUAACUUUAAGUGCAAUAGCUAUAACUUCUAUAGUUUGCAGCCCCGAAUAUGCAUAUGCAUAUAUACCACCUGAAACACCUUUCAGCUUCA